CCGAACUGCGUCACUGACCAUGCGCCGCAGACGGUGAGGUGCAGAAAGCACAACAGGGGGCUAGAGGGAGGAUCUUGAUCAGUCGCGGCGCGGCAAAGCGCGUGGUGCGACGGCAUGCCUUUCUUGUCCAGGGAUUGGCGUUCGCCUGGGGAGGAGUGGGUGAAGACAGAAGAAGGAUGGGAACAAAAGAAAAUACUGGAAUGCGGAAGUUCACCACCAAGGUCGCACAACUUGAAUGCAUCCCUGGACGAAGAAGACAAAGAAAGAUCGUCGGAAUCGCCAUCCAGCGGCUCGUCAGACGAGGACAAGGAGAACGAGUGUGUGCGCGGCGGUCAGCUGGCGGCAUCUCGACCUCGGCCGAUCCCGUCGGCCGGCCUCGCGCCGCGCAAGGCUGCCGAUGCUGGGGGUGUCGGUUACUCACCGCCGCCCCACUGCCAGAUCACGGUCAAGCCGUCGCGCGAGGUGGGGGGCUACACCGGCUUUAGUGACGUCAUCAAGCGGCUGGACUUCAAGAGCGCGUUGCACGACGCGCGCCGGUUCAACUACGUUUGCAAGCUGCUGGAGCUGCUGAUCAACGAGAGCGUGAUGUCACUGUCCGGCACGGCGCAGCGGGUCGUCUUCUCGCUGCUGGAGGAGCUGGCGCACACAGUGUCCAGUAAUAAGUCCAAUCUACGCCUACUGAACCAGAUGCUGGAUAACCUGAAGACGAUGCUGAUGGAAUACUACUGUUUCGGCCAGCAACUGGGCUCAAGCCCUCUGUGGGAGCAGCAUCACCAGGCCAUCAGCCGCAUUCGCGCGGUGGCCGGCCAAAUACAACUGGAGGGCGCGCCGUUCGAGCUGCAGCGGCUGCCGCCCGAGUGUCUGCGCGAGGUGGUGCUGCGCCUCAACGACCACCGCGAUCUGGCCAGCUCGGCGCAGGCGUACAGCGUGCUGGCCGAGAUCGCCGAGGAGAGCCGCAUCUGGCGCCAGCUGUGCCAGUACCACUUCAGCGGCCAGCAGAUCCAGAGCUCGCUGGCCACAGCCGGCCCGGCCGCCGGCACGCUGGCCACGCUGGCCGCCCACCCGGUGGACUGGCAGACAUUGUACCACCGGCUGCGGCGACUGUACGGCCUGCGCGAGGAGUACGCCGAGAUGGUGCACCUGUGCCGCGCCUGCCGCUGCCUCUUCUGGAAGUGCUUCGGCCAUCCAUGCACUGUGAACUUGGCGCGCCUAUCGGCCGACGAACGCGACCGCUACCACAUCCCCAUCCCGCCCGGCACCUUCCUCGCCUUCUUCUCGCUGUGAGCGACCCGCGUCCGCGUCCGCC